GAUUCUUUUGGAAAAUUACCGGCAGGAAUGUUAGGAGUAACACUAUGGAUAUCGGGAGAUUAUGACCAGUGUUUGGACAUAGAAAUUCCUCAAAAUAAAAAAGAGAUUACCGAUGAAGGAAAGAAACAGGUUCGAGGCAAAUACUGUGCCCUGACAAUUGGAAUGCCAGAAUCACUGAAACGUAUAGCAAAGUCGAUUCAUAAGUUGGAAAAUAAUUCAUUGAUUAAACUAGCAAAAGAGAUUAUUAAACCAGCGAAGUUUGAAGACAUAUUGAAAACAGAGUUAGCCGAUACAAAAAUGAGAAUACGUUUGGAUGCGUGCAUUCCGAGUACAUGUAGUAAUAAAGACUUAAAACACGUUGGAAAUUGGAUAUUAGAAACGGCGGUAGACUUUAACGUCGAAUAUUGCAAAAUAAAAGAUGAACGUAUUAAAUACAGUAACGGACAAUUGAUAUCGUUGUAAGUAUAUUUUUAUAAAACUGAUUGAAUGAAAUUAAGAACCU